AAGUCAGAGGCCAGAAAUACCUGGGGCUUAAAUCCCAACAGAUACCUAUCCGGGAGCAGCAGCAUGACCUGAGAGUGCUGGUGGCCAAGAGCACCUGGGACUAGAGGCCACUUAAUCUUCGUCCUUACUACAGAUAAAGCAUCAAAUGGACGCCCAGUGAUUCAGUUACAACAUUACCUGAUACCAGCCUAAGACAACAGGAGUUUGACCUGCUUUCAUAUGACCUUCCACUUUGAGGAGAGGCCCUUGGGUCUGAGCAUAUUUGUUGUCCCAGCAUAUGCAGUGUCAGGAGUUGAGAAAGGAUCUAUCGAUCUACAGAGGAAGCAGGAGCCUUGCUGGCUACAUCUACACCAGCUUUGGAAAGAAAACAGGAACUAGAUACAUUCCUUGAAUGAAGAAGCAUCAUGGCCAGAUUCUUACAGACCCUGCUGCUCCUGGUGUUCACAGUGCAGUUUGUAUCUAGAAGAGUCGAAGCCUGGGGCUCACCAGAGAUUGUGAGGUCAUUCGAAGACAUCCCCCAAUCCUAUGUGUAUGUGCAGCAUGCACUCUGGUAUGCCAUGAAAGAGUAUAACAAGGCCAGCAAUGACCCCUACAACUUCAGGGUGGUGGAUAUCCUAAAAUCUCAGGAGCAGAUCACAGACAGUCUGGAGUAUUAUCUUGAAGUAAACAUUGCCCGAACAAUGUGCAAGAAAAUUGCAGGAGAAAAUGAAAACUGCUUGUUUCAACAAGAUCCUAAAAUGAAAAAGAUGGUGUUUUGCAUUUUUGUGGUUAGCUCCAAACCAUGGAAGUUUGAACUUAAAAUGCUGAAGAAGCAAUGCAGAGAUAUCUAAUCAGCAUCUGGUACACCUUGCCACUCUUACUUUUCUCUUAAAUGAAUAAAGAUGCGAGUAAGAUAAUGGACCACCA